GCACCGUGUUGAAUUAAAGUAAAGUGAAGACUCAGCCUGGUGACCCCACGCUGCCAAUUAAGUCGUCAAAGCGCUCACUUCAGGAGGAGGAGGAGGCUAUAAAACAAGCUGACAAAAGCGGCGCCUUUUUCAUUACACAUUUCCACUUUGAAGAAGAAUUGGUAUCAGUUACCGGAUAGAAAUGGACGGUGUUCGCGCAGGGAAACCCGCCUGUAGUGCGCCACCGCCACCGCCGCCGCGACAAACUUUCAAGUGCUCCCACGCUGAAUGUAGAGCAACUUUCACCAGGCAGUGGAAACUAAAGCAGCAUGAGACUGUGCACACCGGCGCGCGCCCGUGCCAGUGCGCGGUUGAGGGAUGUGGUCGCAGAUUCGCCAGGACAUCCCACCUGAGCCGCCACAUGCUGCAGCACAAAGAAGAGAAGCAAUACAAAUGCAAAUUUGCCACCUGUACAAAGAGCUUCUUCAACCCCAGCAAACUGAAAAGACACGUUGGUUUUGCCCACGGAGAGAAAAACAAAUACUUCAAGUGUAACCAACCAAACUGCUCCUUAACCUUUAAAAAGCGCAGGCUGUUUAAGCUGCACUUGCAGAAGCAUGACGUUCCUGCUGUGUUCAAGUGUAGGACGAAUAGAUGCACUGCCAAGUUUGAUUCCCAUAUCGCCCGCAAAGCCCAUGAGAAGAAGCAUGCAGGUUACCACUGCCCCCGUGAUGAAUGCCAGGUGGUUGCCCACACCUGGGGGAAACUUAACAAGCACAUGGCCAAACAUCCAGCCACAUUUACGUGCCAGGUGUGCAAGAAGGUGUUUAAGAAAGCGGACGCUCUACGGAGGCACAAGUGGACCCACGCUUCCCACAAGCCUGUCCUGGUCUGUCCCAGGAAUGACUGCCAGGCCUACUUCUCCACGACCUUCAACCUACAGCACCACAUCCGCAAGGUUCACCUCGAGCUCCUCAGAUACAAAUGCUCUUUCCCUGACUGCCCGCGCAUAUUUGCUAUGCGGGAGAGUAUGAACAGACACCUGCUUCACCAUGACCCGAGCGCCACCACUCUGAAGAAACGUCAGCGGGCCAAGAAGUCCUGGCAGAAGCGUCUGAAUGGCAGCCAUCAGCCCCACGUGGAGGAAAACCUGCGGCGCCUCUUUGCCCUGCGCAUGCGAGUCUCCAGACGCACCAAAGUGGAGACCAACCUCUCGGGCCUCUUCAACGAACGCAAGAUCCCUCAUUACGUCGACCCAGAAGUUAACCUGCGCAACCUGUUUCGUAUCAAACAGGCGCGUCCUGUGGAGAAACCUGAGGUCGUGCCACCAAAAUGUUAAAUGUUAAAUCUUUUGAAAGCUGUUGACUGUUUUAGUUUUUGAGAAAUUUGGGUCUCUUUAUUUAUAUUAAUGUAGCCGACCUUAAAUUAAAUGUUUUAUUUUUGAAUGUCAGGUAAAAGACGCUGGAUACAGUGUCAAGAUGUAAUUCUGUGUGAAUAACCAGAGCUUGUUGACCCAAUAAAAUGAGUUGCGUUUUUGAUCAAA